GCGGGUCUCCCCACACGAUUGGACCGACAGCAUGUGGAUUAAAUGUGUAACCUUGUUCGUUUUGCUUGCCACCCUGCGCUGCUCCCAGGGUUGUUCAAAACGGAAACGUGUGCUGGCGGGAUGCAAUCUAGCUACCGCAAGGAUUGUCACUAAAAAUAUGAUGGGGACCAUUGAUGCCAUUAAGAUCUCCAUACCAGAUGAUAAUAUCCACGUAAAACUUCUGACAAACUUCACCAAGCCUUGUAAAAAGAUGGGAGUGGAUCUCCCAGUAAUCAUUGAUAUUCUGGACAUCUACAAGACAUACAUCUUCAGCAACAUGGAUGAGAAAUGGUUAAUCAAACUGGAAAACCUCCAAGACGCCUUGGAGCACUGUGUUUUCGAGCUUUCAGAAAAACGGCACUCCAAAAACAGGCUGUCGGACAUUCGGACUGAAAAGAACAUUCGUAAAAUUGAGGACCUAAAAAUUACUUUUAAGAAGCUGGAGAAGCCUUCUACAGACUUCUACAAGGCCUUGCUGGAGUUCAAGACGGUGCUCGUAUGGCUCGACAUGUUUAAGGGCAGCGAAGAAACCAGGAGGAGUUCAGCACACAAAAACCGAAACACAAAGACCGCUAGAAAGACAGCUCAUCUACUGACAUAAAUACAUACAAUUACUGUACAUACACAGGAUGCUCUCUCUCUCUCUCUCAUACACACACACACACACACACACACACACACACUCACUUUGUUCUUCAUACUCCCACCACACAGCGCUGUGUGGAUCAUGUGAACAAAGCCAUAGACGGGUUCAUUAAUGAGCACUUUGAAUAAUGCAUAUAGGCUCAGAUUGAGUGUGAGUGCUAUACUACACCUCAUUACACCAUUCUAUGUGUCUCAUGAUGAGAUGGCAAAGACAUGACCCAGUCCAACUUCACCGGACGGUCACGUGGUUAUAGUGUGACCGCAUCGAUGAUAAGAUCGCCGCGGUCAGUGUGGUGAUUCAGGGGUAACUUGAGUGUGGUGGGCCUUGUUGAUAUUUAGUUCCUCUUUUAUUUAUUUAUAUUUUUUUGCACGGUAACUAAGCACCCAUGCAAGUCCAUGGUGUGAUCAGUGAUUAUGCCACUGUAGCUGAAUAAUGCAUUAAAAUGUAUUUGGCUUGCCUACUUAAAACUGCAAAUGCACAGUCAGCUUUGUUUUGCCAGUAUUUUUUGAUAAAACUAUCAUUAUUAUUAUUUAAUUAAUAUAAUUUGAUCACUGCUGUUUGAUACAGUCCAUUUAUUUCAUAUUUAUUUAAUAUUCAAUUACUUUCCAGUAAUUUAUUGGUAAGGUAUUUAUUUUUGUCUGUAUUUGCUAAUGUUGCAUCGUUGCAUUUCUGUAUUGUCAAAAUCAUUAGUCGUCCAUCCGAGUGCCUGAUCUGUUCUGAAGAGGAGAGGCCUGGGAGCUGUUUGCACAAGCUACGAUUUGUCUUAUCUUUGGGAACUACUGCCGGCACACUGACAGUACUUAUCCAGUAGCCCACACAUGCUGUGUGUGUAUCUGUGUGUAAAGUUGUAUCAACGCUUUGCUAUUUAUUAUUCAAAUAAAAGUAUU